CCUAUCACUUUUCUUGUUUCCCUUUUUUUUACAUACAAACAACAUAAAAAAUGGCUUCAUUACAAUCACUGAAAGCACCAACUUUGAUGAGCAAAAAGACUCAAAAGACAGUACAAGCCGAUGAGGACGAUGUUAUUAUUGACGCUACUGCUUUGCCUAGCCGUCCUGUUGAAGACGAUGUCACAAUGGAGGAAGGAUCUUCUGAUAAGCCCAAUUUUGCUCCUGCCAGCGCUGCUGAAUUAAAGAAAGUUGUAAAGGGUUCUCGUAAGAUUCCUAUUCCCCCUCAUCGUAUGUCCCCUUUGAAGAGACAUUGGUUAGAAAUCUACUCUCCCUUAGUUGAACACAUGAAGCUUCAAGUCAGAAUGAAUGUUAAGACCAGAACUGUUGAGCUCAAGACUUCUCCCUCCACUGAAGAUGAAGGAUCAUUACAAAAGGGUGCCGAUUUCCUUAGAGCUUUCGCUUUAGGUUUUGAAGUUGAGGAUGCUAUGGCUUUAUUGAGAUUAGACGAUAUUUUCUUGGAUACUUUUGAAAUCAAGGAUGUUAAGACUUUGCAUGGUGAUCAUUUAGCUCGUGCUAUUGGUCGUAUCGCUGGUCGUGAUGGUAAAACAAAGUUCACAAUUGAAAAUGCAAGCAAGACAAGAAUUGUUUUAGCUGAUACUAAGAUUCAUGUUCUCGGUUCUUUCCAAAAUAUCAAGAUUGCUCGUGAUGCCGUUGUCAGUCUUAUUUUGGGUAGUCCUCCUGGUAAGGUUUAUGCUACUCUCCGUACCAUUUCUGCUCGUAUGAAGGAGCGUUUCUAGAUUAUACAGCAAAGAAAAAGAAAGCACAAUUCCAUCUAUCUCCCCUUCAACAUUAUCAGCAACUCCCUCACCUUUUUUACAUAAAUUCUUGUUUAGUUUCCAUUUUUUUAUUUACCUCUCGAUUUUUAAAACUUUUUAAUAUACAUAAAAAAAUCAAAAAA